AUGAACGCUGCUGCGGAGCUCGGCAGCUCCUCCACCCCGCCAAACUCAAACACGGGUGCGGUGGUUGAUACGGUGGCGGGUGAAGGUGGCGAGGGCGAGACAAACGAAGGCACGCCCGAGAGCAACCAGCAGCAAGGCUCGAACAGCAGCACUGAGGGCGUGCCGGUACUCGGCGCGAAACUCGUCCCCCACAAGAACGGGGAGGUAGUAGCGAAGGUGGAUGCCGACAUCGCUGCUGCUGUGGAUAACUUCCAAGCGCCCCCGGCUUAUGUAACGAAGGGCGUCCGCGUCGAGGGGUGUCACAGAACUUCUGUGAAAUCUCUGCAGGGCACGAACCACAGGUACAACUGCCUGGCAAGCGCACACUUAAAGUACUCGCUCGGAAUGUACCCGGAGGAGAGCGAACGCACGAACCGCAGGCUGCUGCACCCCGAGCGAGAUAGCGUCGUGAGUGCAACACCUGAGGAGACAAGAGAGACCCGCCAAGAAAUGGUGGAUGGAAUGGCAGCAGUUGCUUUCGCUGAGGACUACGGUCAGUUAAUGACCAACACGGUGUCCGAGGAAGAAUGCUACUCAAAUCUCAACUUCGACAAGGGUUUCUACCGAAAGCGCACCUCCUCAUCCGGUCGAGCUACAAGACGCAAACCAGUGGAGACUGUGCGAGAGGUGGUAGGGGACAUCCACAAACAACUGGGGUAUGAUUAUUUGGCGGUAUGUCAGCUGGCGUUGGUAGCUGAGGUGAAGGAGUGGAAUAUCGUGGUCUGGGAAGCAAAAGCUGGAGGUGGGCUUCGAAUCGUGGAAGUAGGCAAGACCACGGGCUGUUUCGUUGGCAAUCUGGGAAGGAUUUUCUGCACCUUGUGUACAAUGACUGCGGGGGCUACGGUGCAGAUAAACUCGUGCCGUGGGCAUUGCCGUACAUGCUCGCACGGGGUUUCCUCCGGCGAGUCUGUUUUUGGGCAAAGGAAGGCUGCAGACGAUUUUUUCCCGUGUCCAACCACAUCGGACAAGCGUUCGACGAAACACCGGGGCUCUCCCAUUGCUCUCGACACUGAUGAUGAUAACGAAACCGAGACAAACAGCAGCGUGCGAUCUCCCCGUUCUGCUGGAGGUGCCCGGUCAGUCACAACCGCACCCACCGGCGUAUCAAAGCCGGAGGCGCCGCCGGGGAAAGCGGCAAUCAAGCCCGCCACACUUCCUUCUGCCAGCAGCAUGCCGGCGACGACCGGGGCGAAUGAGUCGCCGACGCCGGCGGAAACGCCAACGAAGCUCUCCAGCAGCAAAGCGCAAGAGCUGUCUUCAGAUGCGGCGAAGUCGGGGACGCUAGAAGGAGGUGCUGCCGGCGUAGAUCCGUCGAAAAAGAAGCAUGGAAAGCGCAAGCGCCGCGAGACUUGCCAUGCUUUAUUCGCCAGCGGGAACAGGCAAGGGCAGCGCUGCGGGGCCGAGGCGAAAUCUCCCUGUGGUGUGCUCUGUAGCAUGCACAGUAAGAAGGGUGGCCAAAACCGUACUUGCGGUAGGGGUGAAAACGGCCGUGAUGACGAAACGGAAUACGUACAGGACCCUGAGGGGGACGAGGAGAUGAGUGACGGGGGUAGCGACGGCGAGUUUCCGUGGGACUUGGCAGACUAUGACGAGCCGUCCGUGACCAUAAAAAGCCCUGAGCAGAUCAACGCUAUGGUGGACAAGGGUGGCCAAAACCGUACUUACGGUAGGGGUGAAAACUGCCGUGAUGACGAAACGCAAUACGCACAGGACCCUGAGGGGGACGAGGAGAUGAGUGACGGCGGUAGCGACGGCGAGUUUCCGGGGGACUUGGCAGACUACGACGAGCCGUCCGUGACUAUCAAAAGCCCUCAGCAGAUCAACGCUAUGGUGUACAAGAUACCGGAGGGCUGGGGAAAGGCGGCCCUGAAGUUCGUCUUCGAGUUUGUGCAACACAUACAUGACUUCCGAAACGACCGCAAGAAAAAGAACAUGGCCAAGUCGAAGGUCCAUCAGGAUGCUCCGGAGGGGGGUGGUGAGGAAGGCGAGGAGGAGAAGGGCGAGGAGGGGCUAGAUACCGCCGACGAGCACGUCUGGAUAACACGCGGCAUGAAAGAUGCAGAUCGUACGGCUGGAUACGACGGCGGCCAAUGCAGCGGUAAGGAUGCCCGUGGUGGAGAUAGCGGUGGAGACUGCGACAGCAGUAGGAGAAGCACCGUGCGGAAUAGGCGUGAGGGAGAGGGUGCAGCAGAUAACGACAGCAGUCAUACCGGAGCGGGGGGCGGUGCUGCGGGCUCAUUUGGGGGUGAUGGGUUUGAUUUUGACGGUGAAGGCUCCUACCGAGGAGACGGGCGCGGGUACUACGAUUGCCACCGUAAUAAAGUGGGAGAGGGACACGAUUUGAAGUUCAAACCGUCGAAGAAAACAUUGGGUGCGCUGCCGAUGUUUGACCCCGAGAAGCUGGGCAGGUGCUCGGCGGAUGGACUAGGGGAGCUGGCGUUCACGUUCUUCUGCAUCAUGUUCCCGGCGGCGGUGAUCUCACACCUGGUCCUGAAGGACAGGAGCAGCGUCACCGCGACAAGAAAGAGAAGAAAGGUCCAGUUGGCGGAGCUGCAGGACCACUGGAGCUAUCACUCCUUCCACGACUGCAAGCUCGUCCGUGCUUGCCUUCCGCGAGACAUGUUCCUCCUGACCUACGGCCGUUUUUUUCACAUGGCAAGCUCGGCGGCUCCAAAACGAUUGCAGGACGGGACCGUUUGA